GAGGUAUAUGUCGAUAGAGGUGACACAGGUUGCUCUGAAAUGGCUUUUGGUUGACAGACAUACUAAUUGAUGUUUUUCUCAUAAUUCACCAAAAUACUUAUGGGACGGCUGAUCCUGAUUAACCCUGACUGGAUUGUGACUAUUCCUGUUUCUUAUAAACCUGGCUCACAAGUUUAGAUGGCUUUUUCACAUGACGAAGCUUUCUAGGAAGCAUUUAUUGACUUCAUUACUGGUGAGCCGACCCCUACAGGAGAGGGCAGGGAGCAUCUCCUGCAGGCUUCUGAAGUUGCCAGUCUCAGGGACUCAGUGUUAGUACCCCCACAUUACAAUAUGGCAGAAAGCGCGGGGGAUGACACCAUGGCUUACUAGACAGCCAGUUUUUUCUGUGAUCUACGCUGGAGUGGAUACAUACUCUACCAGAGGACACUUGGAUAUGAUUGUUUGAAAUGGAUGUGUUUCAUGACGCAGUAGUCAGGACACUAGUACAUCGGGAAUUACCAUGUUCGGUGAUUGUGGAGUUGUUAUAACAGUAAACAUUGCGGCCAGGUGGACAUACAAUGAAUGAAAACAAUGAGCAAACCAGAUCCCAAGACCAAACAGAUCUCAAUUGGGAAGAAGAAAUUCAAUAUGGACCCCAAGAAGGGUAUCGAGUACCUGAUUGAGCACAGCCUCCUACAAGACACGGCCGAUGAUGUGGCAAGAUUCUUGUUCCAAGGGGAAGGCCUCAAUAAGACGGCCAUCGGAGACUACCUGGGAGAGAGAAAUGAGUUCAAUGUUGAGGUGCUGAAGGCAUUUGUCACCCUGCAUGAAUUCUCAGACAUGAUUCUGGUGCAGGCACUCAGACAGUUCCUCUGGAGUUUCCGCCUUCCCGGCGAGGCUCAGAAGAUUGACAGGAUGAUGGAGUGUUUUGCUGAGCGAUACUGCGACAUGAAUCAAGGCGUCUUCACCAGCACUGACACGUGCUAUGUGCUGUCCUUCGCUAUCAUCAUGCUGAACACCAGCUUACACAACCCCAGUGUCAAGGACAAACCUACAGCUGAGAGAUUCAUUCAGAUGAAUCGUGGCAUCAACGACGGCGGGGACCUGCCAGAAGACUUACUUAUCAGUUUGUACGACAACAUCAAGAAGGAGCCCUUCAAGAUUCCCGAGGAUGAUGGGAAUGAUUUGAUGCACACGUUCUUCAACCCAGUCAAGGAGGGCUGGCUAUGGAAGCAAGGUACAGCUAAGCUGAGUGGUCGCUACAAGAACUGGAAGAGGCGUUGGUUUAUCCUGAAUGACAACUGCUUGUACUACUUCCAGUACACUACGGACAAGGAACCAAAAGGUAUCAUCCCUUUGGAGAACAUCCAGGUACGAGAGGUGCCCCAGGACAAAGCCAACAAGCCCAACUGCUUCGAGCUCUACUCAGGGGGCAACGAUAUCAUCAAGGCUUGUAAAGUUGAUGGUGAUGGUAAAGUGGUGGAAGGUCGUCACACAGUGUACCGCAUGUCUGCCAGCAACACGGAGGAGAAGGAGGAGUGGAUCCGAUGCAUCAAGAUGAGUAUUAACGACAAUCCCUUUUACGAUAUGUUGGCCGCCCGACGUAAGAACGCUACAGGGACAAUUUCAUCCAGAAAGUAGUCUACCCAUCGGGACGUGCCAGCACGUCGCAGGAAGACAAGACUAGUAACCAUGGAGAUGGGGAUGUUUGGAUUUACAUUUCAUUCCUGGCAUCUACCCCAUUUCAGGAGAAAAUAUUGAUCAAAUUAUUAUGUCUGAACACAUGAUGUUAAAAUGGUGUGAUGUGCACUGAAGCUGUUUGGAAGUAUUGUGCUUGUAACACCUCAGUCUUCCGAAAAUGAUUUAAUUGAAAUAUAUUCCUGAUGUUGGAUGAGACAUCAGUAUGCAAGAAGAUAUCUGACUUUGUCUGACAAAAUAAGAACAAAAAUCAGAAUCAGAUGAUAGGAAGGAUUCUUCACCGAAUGAUUGGUGCGAGAGUUGCACAGCAGACUGUAUGAACAUCUGUCUGUAUAUACAGCAUGUGGAACUGGGAGUGGAAACAUAAUUAUACCAGUCAGGUUGAGGCCAUGGACGUAUGGAGGAACAUGGUGGACAUGAAGGACUAUUUACCGAGCUGCAAGUGCAGGAGAUGUUGCUUUUGCAUUGAUUUAUCUUUGAUUAUCCAGUGUAUUGUGUCUCAAUUCUUUAUGAUAACUACCCAGGGUAACAGGAUGAUCUGUAAUAUAAUGUUGAUAUUGCCAUGUUGAAUAUGUUCUUGUGAGGGAUGAGUUUGCGAGUUAUGUAUUGAUGAUAAUCUUAGAUUGGGUUACUGCAGCUGUUGGAGUUUUGCAGCACAGCUUGUACUUUGCACCUGGGUAUGAACAACAAUUAUAUUGAUGUUAAUAAUUGACAAUUGAAUGGUGCUUGAUCGACCAGCUAAUGCAUGACAACAGUAGGAGUGACAUAGUAGUCUGUGCCGACAGGGCUGUAAUAAUAGACUUAACUACAAAAGGGUUGACAAACAGAAUGCAGCAGGCCUACAAGAAUAAUAAAUUUAAUGUGAAUGACCAGGAUCAGGUUGAAAAUAUUUCAAGUUGACAGUGACUUUUGGAAAUGAUGCUUAAAAUGGGUCAGUUUCAUAUGAUUAAAUACUAUUUGUAUGACAACUCACAGCAGACAAUAAGACUUCAUGCGGACACAGGAAUUUCCUGAUCUAAAGUUUAGGAGUACGGUCAGGUUUUGACAUGUAUUUUCUGGAAGGGAUUUGUUCCUAAAGCAGUCUAUUUAUAUGUUUAUUGACUUAGUAGAAAUGAACUACAGCUGAUAGGUUUUAUUUGGGUUAACCAGUAUCAUAAGACGUUUUCAGUGUCCGAUGACAAAUUAGGUAGCUGUUCUUGAGAUUGAUUACGUCUCCCAGGUAGUGCAAAUUUAUAUGUGCAGUUUGCUCAGUCAAGCUGAAUGGUGAAUGUCGAAAAUGUUUUGUCAGUUUGUGUCAGAAAUGUGACACUAUACUCCGAGGAAGGAGACAUAUAGUUUCACACGGGAAUAGAGAGAAGUUCUUUUUGUUCUGUGGAACUGUUGACACACAUAGGAUCUUUCAUAACAUAGGAACAGUGACUCACUGACUUCAAAAAUGAUAUGUUGAUCAUCCAUUGUCGUCAAAUCAUACAACCAGACUCUGACUGACAGCUUCCUCACUGGGGGUUCAAGGUAACAAUAGUACCAGCAACCUUGUCAUAUGGACUGACUCAGUUCAAACUCACAGACUUGGCUAAUUGCAUAUCAUCAUACCUGAUGACAUAAAUCAUUGCUCAUAAUAUAAGAGCAUGUGAUUGUUUGGGUCCAGACUUAAUUACAUACAGUUAGCCUCCCUAUAUCUGGAAUAUUGGUGAGUGCGGCAUUACACAAAAAGCUAAUAGGUAUUUGUGCCCAGUCUGAAAGAUACGAAUCAUGCAGCUGUUGAUGGUUGGCAGCGUGCAUGAAUAAGCUCAUUCAGUGCAGUCUUAUCUGAUUGUGUUCUAAUAGAGAGGUGACCUAGCUACUUUACACAAUGUCAUGACCUUGCAACAUGCGUUUUUUACAGACUUCUUUCAUCCUUAUUACAUAAACAGUCCUGUUUGUUGGAGAUGUGUCUACUUCUAUCGAAGAAUUAUAUGCCAUAUAUUUUACCGUAAAUUGUAUAUACGAACAACUCUUAUGGAGUGGAGGAUAUUGUGACAUUUCAGUUGUUGUUUGAAUACAUAUGGUAUUCCCAUUGACAAACACAAGAUCUAGUUUCAGUUUAAUCUGAAAUCCAUUUGUUAUAAAUGUACUUGUCUAGAUUGUGAACAAAAUCAUUAUGGUUUGGGCAUUUGAAAUCUGAAAGAAAAUAGAUUAAUGUUGCAAAAAAGCAAAGAUAAUUCAAUUUUUCCAUAAACAUUUUAUUCUCAUUUGACACCAUGAUUGUUUAUUUUAUUGUAUAAUUAUUCAUUUCUUUUAUUCAAAUGUUAAGCAUUGUGUGAAACACAUGGUGCAAUGAAUUCACUUAUAACACAACUUACUAUUUAUAUCUUUGAGCAUCCAUUUAUUUGCAAUAAUCAUCACUUCACCAUCUUGUAUAUAUCAUUAUUUGUCUCCCAACUCAUCUCCCAGAUCAUCUGUGGUUCCAUAUGUUGGAAGUAUUUCAUGAAAUAUGAUACCAUCUUGUAUGUAUUCUCUCAGUGGUGUAUAUUUACGAUGCUAGAGUUUGUUAUGUUUAUACCUGGUGGUCUGGGGUUUGUGCUUGUCAGCUGGAACUAGCAAUAAUGAACAAACAUGGCUGCCGUAUGAAAGAAUGAAGUAAGAAUUUCUUUGAUCUUCCAAGUGUAGAAUCCAUUCUUGUUGUCCUGCUGAUAUAUAGCUGGAAUAUUUAGCUAAAUGACACAUCAAAUCAUACUCACUCACACAUAGUUUGAGGGUCUUGUCAAACUUGCGCUGAAGAUGGCUGUAACUAUUUUGUACUGUAUAUUUUCUCUCUCUCUCUCUCUCUCUCUCUCUCUCUCUCUCUCUCUCUCUCUCUCUCAGACUCUCCCUCCCUCACUCAAACACACACUCUCUUUCUCUCAUGUGCACACACACACAAACACACUCUCUCCCUCUCUCUCGCAUGCACGCAACCACACACGCACGCACGCACGUGCACACCCACACUCACAGCAGAUGACUACCGCUAUAUAUCAGCUUUAAUAUGUUUACAACCAGUGUAUGAAAUAAGGCCCGUCCGACCGACCGAGACGGGCUAGAUUUCUGCCGGACGGUCAAAUUUUACAGCUAACCAGCCCGAUGGACGGGUGACAAAAAAUAUUCAGAUAACGUGUCCACUAGCACUGUCUAUUUAGUAUUUAAGAAGGACCGGUUAAAUGUCUUCUGGGCUCAUAAGUUUUGAAGUUACCAGCCCAGAUGUCUGGCUGGGUUUUUGGCUUAUUCCAUACACUGUCACAACUCACUUAAAUAUUAUCCUCUACUUAAGUACAGCUUUUACCAGUGCAGGACAUUCCGUUGAACUACUUUAUUUCCACUUCUCGUAACAUGAUAUACACUUGUCAGUCAUGUGAUCAGUUCUUUCCUGUCAUGAUGACAUUUGCCUCCAGUAGUGUGAUCGUAUUAACAUGCGACAUAUAAUACUCACUAUUGUAUGCUUGUACCACUUGAGUGUUGUUAAUUUAUUCCUUGUGUAUACCAUGUAUUUCAGGCUAAAUAAAUGGCCUAAGAUUCUAGAUAAAACUUUAGCAAACAAUCAAUUCAGUUCAGAUUAACAUUUUUACCUGGGUAAAGAGUAGAAAUGGUGUUGAAAGAAUCAUUCAUUUUCUGGGUUAUUGUAAAUGUGUUUACUUAAACUGGUUGAAUUCUAAAGACCAGUCAUGUUCGUAAAUAUAUUAACUUCACAGAUUGUUUAUUGAAUCAUUAAUUCAUAUCUUGCUAUUUAUAUAUGAUGAAAGGAACUUAAUUUCUUUCGCCACUUGAUAUGUAAUUUGGACUUAUUAUUCAAGUGGAGGCACACACUUUUUAGUGGGCUAUUUAGUCAUUCUGAUUAUGUCAUGUUUUGUUGGCUCUGAUUUGUGUGAUGUUUUGUACAGAUGUAAUUAAAGCCUUCAAUAGUCAUACCAUGUUAUCCAAAAUACUUACAUGAACACAACCACGAUAUCCUAGCACCCCUUACAGUCUUACAUCUCACCAAGCUUCAGUAAGUACAUUAGAAAACUCUUAUCACUGUGUUGGGUAGGAUGUGGCAUCAGAGAGGAUCGAGGGAUAUCCCACAACUGCUGUCCAAUACUGGAGUUCCCAAAGGGGUUCGUCUUGUGCUUGGUUCUGUCUUCUCUACCUGACUCCUAUGUUUUCCCAUGGCCAUUGUUAUAUUUAUACGUGCUGAUCUAGUCUGUUGGUGGUUGUGUGGCAGAGAACAAAGCUGAAUGUGGAGGAUGGAUUGAGAUUAUUGUGUAUUUUAUUCCUUCCUAAGGAACUUGUUCUUAGCCUUAUACAUGCAAAAGAUAUUACGAAUUCUUUUAUUUAAAAUAUGGGCUUUUGUAAAAUUGUUUGAAUUUAUGAAAGGGGGAGUUCAGGAUUUCCUCAAGCUUUGCUUCUGACAAAGGAAACCAAGCAACAAUAUUAUUUCGCAGUGUUAAUUUUGUGCUGGUCAGCCACUUCUAAAAACACACAAUAAACUGCUUAUAAGCCUUAUAAUGAACUGACAAAUAUAACGAAAUAUGUUUUCAGUCUUUGCCACUUGCUUUGUGUUUUAGUCCAAAUAUUUAUCAAGAUACAGUUAUAAUGAACUAAGCUUUAUGGUUCAUUUGAAUUUGUUAUAACUGUUUACUCUCAUAAUGAGGAGGAGGUUAGCCUAGUUGUAUAAGCAUUAAACUGGUCACGUUAAACAUUAAGGUUGGAUUCCAGACAUCUGUACUUUAAGUGAUACCCAUGUCACCUGGCACCGAUACUACUCAACAACUACUGUACUAUCGACAAUAUAAUACAGAGGAAUUACAUACUGAAAUCCCAAAGCAAUCAAAUGAACAUUAUAUUUAUGACAAUGAUUUCUUCCUAGUCUCCAGUCUUCAAUGAUAUUAUAGUGAUAUUUUAUUAGGGGACAUGUGUGAUCUGAGGUACGGCAGCUUGACAUUUGUUUAGGCAUGCAGGAAACUGAUUAUGUUUCUAGGCUGUCAAAACUCGAACCCAGGGUUUCACUAAUGUUAAAAACCAUCAACACCGACAUCAUUCAUGGCUUUCCUACCACGUCAAGCCGUCACACAAUGACAAAAUGCAGGUCAAAGGUGUGCUAAACCCAAUUCUCGGUCAAGUUUAUGUGAAAUGACUUGCUCUAACAGAGUUGAGAGGCAGUUGAAGUAUGUGUGCCUGACUUCAGUCUUAGAUUGUGAAUGUGAAUGGAUGUUUUACAGCUGAUUGUUUGCCUGUGUGUGUUAUUUGCGAUUGUUAGGUUUUCAUUUUCAAUGUCUUUCAUCAUCAGCAUGUACCCGAAAAGCUUUGGUGCUCUUUCAUCUGAUCCAGAGCUCUGGGAACCCACCAAUGUGUCGUGACUGUGUUAAAUGUGUCGCAUGUUUGACACAUAACACUGCUGCUUCCUUGUUCUGUGUAGAAUAAGUUCACUGUUUUCACCCUUUUCUUUCACUUCACUGUUCAUCUGUAAAUACUCAUUUCAUGGUUGAUGGGGAUAAAAUGGAAGGAAUUCAGUUUGAAAUUGUUUAAAAAAAAAUUCUCGGUAUAAUUUUUUUGUUUCUAAUUUUGUUCAUCUUAACUCAUUUGUCAGAUUUGAAAGUGCUAGCCGAUUCAUUUUUGAAAUUUCAACAGUCAUUUUUUGAAUUGGUUCGGUAAAAAAUAUAUUUUAAAUCAACAGUAUCUGUUUGCGAGUUUGAAAUAAUCAGUUUUGGUUUUUUUAAAUACUUGAUAGAUGGUAUCAGUUUAUUUUUUAUAAAAUACUUGGUACUUUGUUAUCAGUUGGUUUUCUAUAAAAUGAAUCCGUUGUGAAGCAGCUUUGCAGCUUAGGAUUUGUGAACGUUAACUGUAACAAAUAGGAUCUGUUUACCCUGUCAACCCAUGGUUUCUGUCCUCGCUGUCCUUAUCCCAGGGUCAGUUCUGACUGUGUCGCCAAACUCAUUGUACUUACAUCCCAUACACUGUACAAACUACAUAAGUUAAUGGCCUGUUGUAUUAAAUCAGCUUGUAAACAGAGAGAAGAUGAAUUUAUCACACAGGCAAAUUAGCAAUGUUAAUUACGAAAAAUGUAUUGUACGCUGUUGCAAUCCUUUCAUUAGAAAUCAUCUGCAGCAAGUUGCAAUUAUAUGACAAAGUCUAAUACCAUUGCAAUCUCAGCAUCAAAUAAUUUUCUAUAACCAAACACAAGUCAUGCAUGGCUACACACUGGUACCUAUGCUGCAAUUGAUUUUUUAAUCAUUUUGCAAUGAAGAUCAGAGGGUGUUGUAAAAAACAUGUCUUUAAUGUUUUCAUUAAUUCAUACCAUAGUGCCAAGAUCAUUUUAUGGAAUUAUGCAAAAUGGAUUUAUUAGCCCCACAAGUGAUCAUCGCUCAUUGCUAUGUACUGGGACCUAGUUAAUUUGCCUGUGUGUUGUGUUAAGUAACGUGUUGACUAGAAUGCAGUUUGCAGUGUCAGCAUGUGACUGUAACCGCUAGACUAUAAUCAUGUACAUACUUAGAUAUAGUCAUCAAAAUUACUACAAGACAUAUUGUCAUACCUCAAGAAAUCAGUUAGAUUAUGUAUUUAACCUGCAGGAGAUGAAAAUUCUGUAAUUUUGUACUCAAUAAAUUUGAAAAAAAUU